UCUUUUUGAAAGAUCAGUUAUACAAAAGCUUGUUUUUGAUAACUGAGUUGCUCUCAAGUAUUCUGUUUUUCUCUUAUUUUUCUUUUAAGCAUUUCUGAAGAUUUUAUUCAUCUGUUGCAGCUGUGGAGUUAUAAUACUGAAAUCUCAGAUUAUUCUGACUAGCAUGUCAUAUGCAUUUUUCUUAGUAUAAGUGUAAUUCCGGUUAAUACUAUUUUUGAAGGCAAUGCAGUCUUUGAUGCUCCUUGGAAACCAGCAGCAGUCUGAUUUGUGGAAGUCAUUACUGUAAAUGUGUGCAGGAAGAUGACUAGCUGCUUGCUCUUUCUGAGUUAGAAGGAAUUGAAAAGGAAAGGGGACAAAGAGUUUUUGGAAGAUUUAAGUGGACAAGAGACUGCAGAAAACAAGAAAAAUGCCGAAACCAAUCAAUGUCAGAGUAACCACAAUGGAUGCAGAGUUGGAAUUUGCCAUCCAGCCCAAUACAACAGGCAAGCAGCUCUUUGAUCAGGUGGUGAAAACUGUUGGUCUUCGUGAAGUUUGGUUUUUUGGGCUUCAGUAUGUGGACAGCAAAGGUUACUCAACGUGGCUGAAGCUAAAUAAAAAGGUAACGCAGCAAGAUGUACGGAAAGAAAAUCCUUUGCAGUUUAAGUUCAGGGCCAAGUUUUUUCCAGAGGAUGUAUCUGAAGAAUUGAUUCAGGAAAUAACUCAGAGACUUUUCUUCCUGCAAGUCAAAGAGUCGAUCUUAAAUGAUGAAAUAUACUGCCCACCAGAAACUGCAGUUCUUCUGGCUUCUUAUGCUGUCCAGUCCAAGUAUGGAGAUUACAGUAAGGAGAUCCAUAAACUGGGCUACCUAGCCAAUGACAGGCUUCUCCCCCAGCGUGUGUUAGAGCAGCACAAACUGACAAAAGAACAGUGGGAAGAAAGAAUACAGAACUGGCAUGAAGAGCACAGGGGAAUGUUAAGGGAAGAUUCUAUGAUGGAAUACCUUAAGAUAGCACAAGACUUGGAAAUGUAUGGAGUCAACUAUUUUGAAAUAAAGAAUAAAAAAGGAACUGAAUUGUGGCUAGGAGUUGAUGCUUUGGGUCUGAAUAUUUAUGAGCACGAUGAUAAGCUGACACCCAAGAUUGGAUUUCCUUGGAGCGAAAUAAGAAACAUCUCUUUUAAUGACAAAAAAUUUGUCAUAAAGCCAAUUGACAAGAAGGCCCCUGAUUUUGUUUUUUAUGCACCUCGUCUGAGAAUUAACAAGCGAAUUUUGGCACUGUGUAUGGGAAAUCAUGAAUUGUACAUGAGGCGGAGGAAACCUGAUACAAUUGAAGUGCAACAGAUGAAGGCCCAAGCUAGAGAAGAGAAACAUCAGAAACAAUUGGAAAGGGCACAAUUAGAAAAUGAGAAGAAAAAAAGGGAGAUAGCAGAAAAGGAAAAGGAAAGAAUAGAGCGUGAAAAGGAGGAAUUAAUGGAGCGCUUAAGACAAAUUGAGGAGCAAACAAUGAAAGCUCAGAAAGAGCUAGAGGAACAGACUCGAAGAGCUCUAGAACUGGAUCAAGAACGGAAGCGUGCAAAAGAGGAAGCAGAACGCUUGGAAAAAGAGCGUCGAGCAGCUGAAGUAGCCAAAGCUGCUCUAGCCAAGCAGGCAGCUGACCAAAUGAAGAACCAGGAGCAGCUAGCAGCAGAAAUUGCUGAAUUCACAGCCAAGAUUGCACUUCUAGAGGAGGCCAAGAAAAAGAAAGAAGAGGAAGCUUCAGAAUGGCAGCACAAAGCUUUUGCAGCCCAAGAGGACUUGGAAAAGACCAAAGAAGAAUUGAAAUCUGUGAUGUCUGCUCCUCCUCCACCUCCACCCCCACCAGUUAUUCCUCCAACAGAGAAUGAACACGAUGAACACGAUGAGAACAAUGCUGAAGCCAGUGCAGAACUGUCUUCUGAUGGUGUCAUGAAUCACAGGAGUGAGGAAGAACGGGUAACAGAAACACAGAAAAAUGAACGUGUUAAGAAACAGCUCCAGGCUUUAAGUUCAGAGUUGGCUCAAGCCAGAGAUGAAACCAAGAAAACACAAAACGAUGUCCUUCAUGCUGAGAAUGUUAAAGCAGGCCGCGAUAAGUACAAGACUCUCCGGCAAAUCCGACAAGGCAAUACAAAGCAGCGUAUUGAUGAGUUUGAAGCAAUGUGAGAGCUGGUAUUUUGCAUAUAUGUUCCUCGUAAAGCUGAACCACCAACAGAGAAAAAAAACAGGCCUUUGCAGAUUUGAUGGAUUGCACCCCACUUUGCCAAAGCACUUAAUACCAGGUUGACUACAGUGACUAGAAGACAAAUUUAGGGGAAGCUAUUCAACAGUAAGGCAGUCUGUUUAACCCUAGGUUUUGGGUGGGGGGAGGGUGUGGAGGUUAAUAGCAGGUUUUUCCCCAUUGUGUUUUCAGUUUCAUUUUUUAUUUGUUUUUUUUCCCCCCUUUGGAAACAGAUGUGAAGUAUAUAAUGACUGACAAAUGUAUAUAUUGCUUAAACAAUAAGAAGUAGAAAGAAGAAUGGAGCUGUACCUAAACUGGAUAGGUAUAAUUGAAGUACGAAGUUUGAAAUUA